ACCAAUAUCAAAUGGGUUUUCUUCAGCUUCCCACCAUACUUUUUUCCGACAUAAGCAAGAAAGAUCGAGGAACCCUUAUCUGGGAUUCGGCGAAAAACCAGGUGUUCAAAGCCCUCCAAGAAUACGGUUGCUUUGAGGCAUCUUUCGAUGGGGUUUCACCUGAUCUUCGAGAAUCAGUGUUUGCUUCCUUGAAGCAGCUGUUCGAUCUCCCUCUAGAAACAAAGGUAAGAAACGUUCCUGACAAGAUCUUCAAUGGCUACAUCGGACUAGCUGAAGAGGUUCCGAUAUACGAGAGCUUGGGAAUUGAAGACCCUGAAAUCUUUUCUAAUAUCAUGUGGCCUGAUGGAAACCGUCAAUUUUGUGAUAGCAUGCAAGCCUAUACGAAGAUGUUAACAGAGGUUGAUGAAAUUGUGAGGAUGAUGGUUCUCGAGAGCUUAAAUUUGGAGAAACACAUGGAUGAACACAUGGAACUAACGAGCAGUCUUGUUAGGGUUAAUAAAUACCGAAUGCCCGAGAAAGACGAAUCCGAUAUGGGAUUACUUAGUCAUGCAGAUAAAAAUGUAGUGACUAUUUUGCAUCAAAAUGAAGUUGGAGGACUAGAGGUGCAAACAAAAGAUGAAGAAUGGUUCAAAGUGAAAUUUUCCCCAAAUAGUUUCGUGGUCAUGGCAGGAGAAUCCUUCAAUGCUUGGACGAACGGACGAAUACAUGCAGCAACUCAUAGGGUGGUGACGAGCGGAGAGAAAGAUAGAUUUACAAUCGGUGUGUUUUCAGUCCCGAAGUGGGAAAAAACAAUAAAAGCCCCCGAAGAAAUGGUGGAUGAAGAACACCCGUUACUCUUCAACCCUUUUCAUUUCGGAGAUUUUCUUCAAUUCCUCUGUAAGAAAGAAAUCGUUAACGAUAAAUUCGCAUUGAAAAAAUAUUGUGGUGUGUCUGUCUAAAUAUUUUUUUAAACAUAUGAUCUUAUUUGUACAUCAUGUACAUUUUAAUUUGAAAAUAAAACAGUUUCUUGUAUUUUUGUGACGAAUUUCCGUCACUAAAUUCUUUUGUUUUCAGCAUUUCGCUAAACGUUUUGUAAGAUGUGUUUUCUAUUCCCGUUGUUGUAAAUGAUUUGAUUCGGUGUUUAUUGAUGCGUUCUGU